AUGAAAGAGACUCCGCAGUACUGGGAAUUAUUAUCCGAAACAGAUAAAGAAAAGUAUAACGAGCUUCAUCAAGAAUUCAGUUCCGGAGUAAUGAAGAGAGCAAGGAACGGCAGAGCAGAAUCUUUCGAAGAAAUGCUCGAAAACAUCAAAAAAUAUUGCAUUCGAAAUGACGAAGAUGAUUGGAAGAGGUACCUCGUCUGUGGUGUUUGCUGGAUGGACGAGGCCAUCGCAAUCAAUACUCGACAACUCAGAUUACUUGUUUGCAAGUGUAAGAGUUCCAUCAAUGGAUCAUUACAGAAAAUGGGAUUCAGCACUAAUAUGGCCCAUUCGGAAUCUUGGAAGAUUUUGUUCCCCAAGAUUCCAUUACUCAAGGACCACUUCUCAGAAUUACGCAAAUGGACAAUCCGCUACAAACCAAAGAAAGAUGGCGAGACUGUUCACCAUGUUGAAGAACCUGUUCAGAAUUCUUCCGAAGAACACGAGGAAGCAUCAGAGCCUGUUGCAGUUCAGCAGCAGCUUUCGAGCCCUACUGUUCCUCUGAAAUUCAGGGUUAAAAUGCUACGAUUACAACAAGCAAUAAGUAUAUAA